UCGAGUUGAGGGCCGGGCGGGUGGAUCCGAGACCGGGUGGCUAUUACGCGCUUGGCUUGGCUUGGGUGUGUCAGGCAGGACGCGCUUGCGCGCGCGUCACGGAAGGCCGCCAUCCGGUGGCCCCCACUGUGGGAACGCUAUAAAGGCCCAACGACGGCAACGCGUCGCGCAGGAGUCCCUCAAGUCACUUGUCUUCCUUGUGCGUCAUCUUCAUCCCCAUCCAUAAGGACUUCAACGCACGGCCCGUGUCUUUCAUUAUCGGUGGUUGGACGAACACGAUGAACUUUCUGCUCACCUUUCUGCUUUGUGGAUUGUACGCGCUCUUUGCCAAAGGUGCAGACGAGGAGGCAGACGGCAAAUACAGCGUGCCCGUGCUGGAAGGGACGCACAGACAGCUAGUUCUGGAGAUCAACCAGACCCUGGAGCUCAGAUGCAGAGGUCGCUGGGAGCUGUCGUGGUCCUUCCCGCCUGACCUGCCCCACGACCGGAUCCGCGUGGAGGAAUUCCGCUGCGGGAGGUCACAGCGGCUGCACUGCAGUCGCGUGACGCUACUGGGUGGCUCCCAGCCACGCCACACGGGCUCCUUCCUGUGCCGCUACCGACACCGAGCGCAGCAGCAGGCGUCGGUUUACGUGUACGUGACAGAUAGUCGGCAACCAUUUGUGGACCAUUCAGAGAUGAGCCCCGACGUUUUGUACAUGAAGGAGAAGCAGCCGCUGGUCAUCCCCUGCAGGGUCACCCACCCCAACAUCACCAGCACGCUGGUCAAGUUCCCCAACCACAGCUUGAGUCCUGACCAAAGGAACAUCGUGUGGAACAGCAAGCGAGGCUUCACCAUCCGCUCUCCCACUUUCUACUACAUCGGCCUCUUCUUCUGCCAGACCCUGGUGGACGGCGUGACGCACAAGUCGCGCAUCUACAUUGUCCACAGACCAGUGAGCAACAUCUUGGACGUGUACCUCAACAGUACUGGUCCUGUGCAGGCCUUAAAGGGAGAGAGGCUGGUGCUCAACUGCACCGCCACCGGAGAACUGAACACCAGGGUGAACAUCUCGUGGGACUACCCUGGAAAGACGAGCAGCAGCGGCUCCACGUCCAAGCGUCUGCUGAAGCACAGGACCCACAUGUUGUUCUACAACAUCCUGACCAUCCCCAAACUGCGGCGCACCGACCGCGGCCUCUACACGUGUCGCGUCAGCAGCGGGAACAAAACCAAGCAGCAGAAAGUCACCGUUACCGUUUACGAUCGCCCCUUCAUCCGACUGAAGCCCAGACGAGGCUCGGUGAUAGAGGCCCGAGCGGGUCAGAAGUCCUACCGAAUUUCACCCAAACUGCGAGCCUUCCCGGCGCCCCAAGUGAUCUGGUUGAAAGACGGCACGGUGGCGGCCGAGCAGUGCUCCCGCUACCUCCUGGACGGCCAUUCCCUGGUCAUCCGCGACGUGGCCGAGGAAGAUGCGGGCAAAUAUACCGUGCGCGUCCACAACCGGGAGCACGGCCUCUACCAGAACCUCACGCUAAUCCUCGUGGUCAACGUGAGUCCUCAGAUCGGCGAGAAAGCCGUGUCGUCGCGGCACUCGGGCGCCGUACCCCGGGGGAGCCGACAGUCCGUGCACUGCACGUCCCACGCCGUCCCCGCGCCGCACCUCCACUGGCUCUGGCACCCGUGUCCGCCCAAAGGCCUGUGCGCAGCUCCGACAUCCUCCUCCGUGUGGAUCCCCGUGAGCGAGGGGCUCCCCGCCACGUCCGCACACAACCGCAUCCUGAGUGUGACCCACAGACAGGAAGUGCUUCAGGGGAAGACCAAGACGGUGGGUGUUGCGACCGUGGCCCGGGCUCUGGUGUCAGGUGUGUUCCGUUGCGUGGCUUCCAACUCUGUGGGACUGGACCACCUGGACAUCCCCUUCUACGUCACAGACGUUCUAGGAGGCUUCGCCUUGAGCCAGGGGGAAGACGCCAGGGAAGGCGGAGAUCUGCGCCUCACCUGCAGCGCCAACAAGCACCUGUACAGCAGCCUGUCGUGGCGACGCUUGCAUCCCGCCGGUGGCGGGGGCACCGCCCUGAGCGGGCAACUGUCCACGGGGGAGUUCUCACGCUCUCUGCUGUUGUCGCUAAGCAACCUGAGCGCGCAAGACUCAGGCGCCUACAUGUGCGCCGCCCGCCACCGCUUGACGGGGCAGGAGGCCCACCUGGUGGCGCAGGUGAGGGUCUCAGCCCUGGAACCUCCAGAGCUGCUCAAGAAUUUGACGGAUCGUACGGUAAACGUUAGCAGCUCGGUGAGCCUCCGUUGCCCCGCCGAGGGCGUCCCGCCACCGGCUGUCACGUGGUACAAGAACCAACGCGCUCUGUCGGCAGGAUCUGGUAUUGCGAUGUCAGCAAAGGAGGGCUCGCUCCAUAUCGACCGCGUCACCGCGGAGGACCAGGGCUUGUAUACAUGCCAGGCCAGCAACCAGAAGGGCUCUGUGGAGAGCUCCGCCUACAUAUGGGUCAAUGCGCCCGAAACGCCGUCCAUGGAGAUUCCUACUCUGACGUGCACGUGUGUGGUGGCCACCUUCCUGUGGCUUCUCCUGACGCUCCUGAUCCGAAAACUACGACAGUCCGACAAUUCCCAGAGUAAAAGCGAGUACCUGUCCAUCAUACUGGACUCUGGAGACGGCCCCGUCCGGGAGCAGUCUGAACGACUCCAGUAUGAUCCCAACCGGUGGGAGUUCCCUCGAGAGCGUCUCAAAUUAGCAGGCAAGAAUUUGGGCCGAGGAGCCUUUGGUAAAGUGGUGCAGGCAGCUGCGUUUGGAAUGGACAAUGCUUCCAGCUGCACGACGGUUGCUGUUAAAAUGCUCAAAGAGGGCGCCACAGUCAACGAGCACAAAGCCCUGAUGACUGAACUGAAAAUCCUCAACUACAUCGGACACCAUGCCAACGUCGUUAACCUACUGGGAGCUUGCACCAAGCCGGGAGGGCCGCUGAUGGUGAUUGUGGAGUACUGUCGCCAUGGAAACCUGUCCAGCUUCCUGAGAAGCAAACGAGAGAUGUUUGAGGUGGCCAGAAGAAAAUCUGGAAAGAAGAGUUGCAACAUCCAGAGAGAAAUGAAUGAUGACACAAACAUUGGCGAUGACAUAUCAGACUCACCGUUAUUUCUGGAGGAUCUCAUCUCUUUCAGCUUCCAGGUGGCGCGAGGAAUGGACUUCCUGGCGUCCCGCAAGUGCAUUCAUCGAGACCUGGCAGCCCGAAAUGUUUUACUGUCUGACAACAAGGUGGUAAAAAUCUGCGACUUCGGCCUCGCGAGGGACAUCUACAAAGACCCCGAUUAUGUGCGAAAGGGUGACGCUCGCCUGCCUCUCAAGUGGAUGUCUCCGGAGUCCAUCUUCGACAAGGUCUUUACCACUCAGAGUGACGUGUGGGCCUUUGGUGUCCUGCUCUGGGAAAUCUUCUCUUUGGGGGCCUCACCGUAUCCCGGCCUGCACAUCGACGAGGACUUCUGUCGCAGACUGAAGGCGGGAACCAGGAUGAGGGCGCCGGAGUACAGCACGGCCGACAUUUACAGCACCAUGCUGGCCUGCUGGGAGGCCGAGCCCAGCGAGAGACCUUCCUUUUCCCACCUGGCGGACACCCUCGGAGAUCUGCUUCGCUCCACGGUCAAACUGGACGGCAAGAAUUGGAUUCCUCUGGGAUCUCGGGUGGAAUUUUGGAAGAGCGGAGAAAAGUCCCUUGCCGUCACUAACUUAAGUUACAUGCAUGCUGUGGUGGCCAAACUGGACACAUUUGAGGAGAUGACCUGCGAGGAUCCGCGUCACAGAUCUGAGGAUUGCGACAGCGGCAUGGUCCUACCUUCAGAGGAGCUGCAGCGUCUUUCCUGGAGCGACGGCGUCAAGGAAGCCGUCAGUCUCCAUAGCAACGGGUCAUCCAGGUGGGAUUCGGACCUGGGGGGCUCCCCUCCUCCCGACUACAACCUAUUUUACCCCUCCUUCUAGCCCCCCCCUCCCUCCAUUAUUACACAGUUAGCCAAGUAUAAAAGUCACAGUUCCUGGUUGUAUUGGUACCUCAAAGGGAGGAAAGGCCCUUCUUCCACUGACAUUAUAUGCUGAUAUCUGGCUGGAUAGUUUUUAGGAAUUCCUAUGAUGUAAUGUGUGGUUUUCUUUCAACUGCCCUUACUCAUUUUUUCCAAUGUGACGAUGCGGUCUUGCUUUCUGAAUUCUUUAUUAAAAUACUGCUGUACACACAAA